GGUUUGAUGGAUUUUUUUCUCAUUCACGGUUUGACGGAUUUUUUCUCACCCUAACACUAGACUUCUUCCCCAAGUACCGUCGUCCUACUACUACUACCAGUGACAAAUUGGGGUUUGUGAGAUUCUCUCAAAUUUCUAGAACAAAAAACAGUGGUGGUCUAAACGAAACCCUAGAACAAGCAGGAAUGGUGGGGACGAAUUUGAAGGCGGAAACCAUGUCUCUGAUGGACAAACGGACCGCCCUGGAGGCCGAGAUGAACGUGAUCAUCGACCGCCUCUGCCGGCCCGGCGGCCCCGGCCUCUCCGGCAACCUCAUCGAUUCCGAGGGGUUUCCAAGGGCGGAUAUUGACAUUCCAGUUGUUCGAGCAGACCGGCACCGUCUUGCUGAAUUGAGGAGUGAUCAUAAGGUUAUCACUGAGAGAAUAGAUCAACAUAUACAACUUCUGCAUUCAACAAGGCUGGCUUCUAAGUCUUCGCCCCUUGUACAUUCAGGUAAUGUUGAAGGGUCAAAUAGUCUAGAUUCAUCUAUUGUCAAUGUUGGUACAUCUGCGUCCUACCACAAUGUUCUUUCUGGAAGCACGAUAAGUGCCAUGGAUGUUGAUGCAACUGUCAGCAUACCAUUUGCUUUAGUUGAUGAGAUAGCUGAGGAUUCUCCAGCAGCAGAAGAUGGCUUACAACUUGGAGACCAGAUUGUAAAAUUUGGGAUUGUGGAAUCUGGUGAUAAUUUGUUGUCAAAGCUUGCUUCUGAAGCUCAGUCAAAUCAAGGCCGUGGAGUAUCUGUAGUGGUUUUGAGGCAAGCUGCAGUUGUCAACCUGACAGUCACACCUAGAGUAUGGCAGGGUCGUGGCUUACUGGGAUGUCAUUUCCGAAUGCUAUGAUUGCCACGAUCAUGUCGACAUAUGGACGAAAUUGAGCGAGGGCAGCUGGAAGACAACGUGCAAUAGAUGUGUUUUGGUUAUUACAUCUUUUCUUCACCUGUCCAUUAGUUCAAGGAUAACAAUUCUGUAAACUUUGAUCGUAUCUAUCAUCUGUGUGAACAUUUUGUUUCACCAGCUUAUUGUAUCUUCUCAAACCUUUUUUUAGUGUGCUUGUGGAUGUCAGAAGGAAGAUGUAUCCAGUCAUUUUCGUUCCA